AUGUCCAACAUUACCCUCAUUAACAAAACAUCUUUUCUUCAGCAACAGGAACAGGAACAGGAACAGGAACAGAUUCAUGUGGCACUUAGCAGCAAGGACAGCAGUUAUAGCGACAAUAGCUAUAGAAGCGCACAGAUUCAGCCUGUAAUAGAUCAACUAUCCAGUUUAUCCUUUGGAUCAGCAGUUGCAGCAGAAGGGCUUCGCACUGCAUCCGGGCGCUCUGUAGAUCCUCGAAGGAUUAAGCUCCCUAUUGCGGUUGCUCCCAUGGUUGAUGUGACAACCUCGCACUUUCUCGAGCUCUGCAGAAUAAUAUCACCUAACUUUACACUCUAUUCAGAAAUGAUUCAUUGUAAUGCCCUCAUCUACAAUCCAAAAGAUUUAUACAAUUUCUUUGGAGAGCCCUGGGAGGGUAAGGUGGUUCAAUUGGGGGGUUCAGAUCCAGAGGCUAUGGCUAAAGCUGCAAAACUAGUACAGGACAAUGGAUAUAAAGAAAUAAACCUCAACGUUGGAUGCCCAAGUCCUCGAGUACAGAAAGGAGCUUUCGGAGCUGUGCUUAUGAAGACUCCUUCGAUUGUGGUUGAUAUUAUCAAGGAAAUGGGUAAAGUAGGAGUAACCAUUCCUAUCACAGUCAAGUGCAGGAUCGGUGUCGACAAUUUGGAUUCAUACGAGUAUUUGUAUGAUUUUAUCAAGUUGAUAUCGACUACAACGCCUGUCAAUCACUUUAUUAUUCAUGCACGGAAAUGCUGGUUAAAAGGAUUAUCGCCAAAACAGAACCGGAGCAUACCACCAUUAAAGUAUGAAGCUGUUUAUCAGCUAGCAAAAGAUUUUCCCCACCUUACAAUUACUAUUAAUGGAGGCUUCAAUACAACGCAACAAAUCAAAGAACAAUUAGAGUUGGUGGAUGGAAUCAUGAUUGGACGUGAGGUUAUGGAUAGACCCAUGUUCCUUGCAAAGGUGGAUGCAGCACACCAUAACGUUCCACCCGAAAAUAUCAAGACUACAGAAGAGGUCAUCGAAGAGUUUUUGGAAUAUGUAUUAAAAAUACACGAACGUGGUACCCCUCAUUCUAAUUCGGUCGUCAUGGCUCCUCUUAAAAUGCUCUAUGGAGGUCGUCGUGGGAAGGAAUACAGGAGGAGACUGGCAGACCUCAUCUUACCGCGGACAAAACCCUUACCUGAUAUUGUCCGCGAUAUGAGACAAAUGAUGAAGGAAAUGGAUUUUUCUGCAUCUAGUUCCGAUGUUGAGCCUGCCUCGGAAUCAGGCAACGAAAGUGAAACUCCAUAA